UUGUGAUAGCAGAAGACGCGAAAAUGGCGACGACAAGACUAAAGGAAAAGGCUGCAAAAAGAAGUUUAAGGGACCGUCAAAAGAGCGCUGGACCACAGGUAUCACAAAGAGGAACUCGGAGAUCAUCAAACAGAUUACCAGCAUCCACCAAUGACAAUGGUGAUGUGGAGACAAGUGACAGUGAGGCAGAAGAACAGACCUCUUACAUGUCACUGGAUGUUUUGGCACAGGUGGCAUCAGCAACAUUGGAAAAAGAACCCAAGUUUAAUGAGAAAUCACUCACUCCUAAAAAGCUGACCAAGCGUAGCAUACAAUCUCUGGAGGUUCUGAACCUUGACCAGAUACAAGCACUUUCCGACAAGGCCUUGCUCAGCCUGUUCAGCGAUAUGACGUCUAAUGAGAUGACUCGUAACUACACAUACACUUGCUAUCUCAUGCCAGACAAGUGCAAGGAGAAGUUCACUAGCUUUGGCAAUGAGACACGUGCACGUAUGAAGAUGAGGACACACUUGCUGAGUCACAUUGAACAGCUGAUUGAUGAUGCAAAUGAUCCAGAUCUAACGGAGAAGUUUGUCUUCUCGGCUGUACCUGUCACUGUGAGAAAGAAAAAGUUAGCAGAAGCUGGCAAAAAACGAAAAACUCCCACUCAGAACACCACAUCAUCAAGUCCUGGGAAAGCAAAGAAAAGCGCCAGUCCAAUUGCCAAAUUCACUGCACUAAAGCCUAGUAGAAAGACAGUCUCAGACCCUAAAGGCAAGCCAUCUAACAGUCCUGCUUCGAAGGCCAAGUCACAUUCCAAAACUGACAAUUUCAACAGAAAUUCAGAAGAGGAGGAAGUGAAAGAGAAUUCAUUGAAACGUAAAAAAACCAAUCGAGCCAUCUCGCCAAACAAAAAGGACAUGGCUAGACGGUAUGCCCACAAGAAGUCAACAUUGCAAACUGUUGGUGCUGACAGUGGCAAUCAAAAAGACACAAAAAGUGGUGCUACAAAAGUGAAGAAGGAGAAAUUAAAAGGUAAACAUGGAAGCAGUGGAGAGAAGGGAGAAGGAUCUGAGAACGAGAGUGAUGAUAACUUGCAUGAAGAGACAGAGCGGCGUAUUGAAGAAAAUGAACAAUUUAUUAUUGAUUUGCUGAGUCGGACUCAGCCUCACCAUGACCACUGUUACACCACCAUAUUUGGUAAGAAACGUGGCAUCGAAACUAUGCACUUCGAUCUGGAGUCCUCGGGGGAGGAGGAGAAUGGAGUGAUAGAUGUGUGUGACAAUGGGUCUGAGGACAGUGAAAAGAGGAAGUCCACCAAACCCAUCAUGUUGCUACAGCUUCCUGCAGUUGCUGAACUCCCGAUGGUGAGCAUGGAGGAGGUGGUGAAUGAGUCAGAAGCCAGCAACUCUGAUGAGGAUGAUGAGGAUGGUGAAGGACACAAUGGGGAAAAGCCAUACCCACCAAUGCCAAAGUCAAACCUGGCAAAGAAGGGGCGUCUGAUUGUGCCAGAGGAGAAUGCCUUGUACAGUGACCACGAGGAUGAUAUCAUAAGUCCGCGGAAGCGGAGGAAGAUUGCUGCAGUGGAGAAGGGGGAACAAGCAGAGAUCACACCAGAAUGGGAACGGAGAAUGGCUUUGAAAUGUAUUCGUGAGCUAAAGAAUAGGAGGAAGGAUGAUAAAGUGCCCUUAAUCUGUAAGAUCUGCAAGGACAAGACAUUUACAGCCAGUGCUACCCUUAUGUAUCACUACAGAAGCCAUGCAGGAAUCAAACCGUUUGUGUGCCUUAUCUGCAACACAACCUUCACCCGCCAACACAGCCUUAACUACCACAUGCUCAUCCACAACAACCAGAGUCGCUUCACGUGCAAGGACUGUGGCCGCAAGUUCAGACACCCCAGCCAUUUCAAGGAGCAUUUGCGGAGACACACUGGUGAAACCCCCUUUGAAUGCAUGGACUGUCCUCUUAAGUUCAAAACACGCAACACAUACAAGCGUCACCUUAAGACUCGACAUGGAAAGCUACUCACAGCCACAGGUAUACGUAUGCUGAGCAAAGAGGAGUUCCUCAAGGUACGGACCAAGCCCUACAAGAAGCUGUCUGGAGAUGAUGAUCAAGAUGACAGCAACUCCAAGCAGGAAGGGUCCGAGUCUGGUUCUCUGUCCCCUUGUGAAGACUCUACAGACUUUGCUGAUGUUGGAGAUGAGACGUCUUUGUAUGUUCCACUUGGCAUCGUUGUCAACUCCUAGUUUUCACAGAGGGUGGAUGGGUUGAUGACAGUUGGUGACAAGGAACUAUGUGGUGCAUUCAUACAUUCAUACUGUUACAGUUGACAAAUGGAAUCAAAGACUAAGAGGAACUUCUGUGCCAUCUGUUAGCCUUCCUUAAAAGGGCUUGUACUUUCCACACUGAAAUGCACAUGAAGAAGCAAGAGACAAUUAUUAGAGAUAGACAUCCUUCUUCCCCAAAUAUACCCUUCUUUUUUUCUUAAUCCAGCAAAUAAUCACUAAACAGUUACUUCUUGUGGGACUAUAGAACAUAGUGCUUUGUAUGUCAGUAAAAGAUUGGUCCUAGAUAUCCUUACAGUAUAACAAAAAGGAUUGGGCUAAAAAAAAUAAUAGUCUUGGUUCUCAUCAUAAAGCCUGCUGCACCUUUCGUUUUUAUUUCCAUUAAAAAAAAUAAAUCCUUAAAUAUUCUGAGUUACGCGCACACAACCCAGACUGUGAAAUGCUACAAUAUUUAUAAACAAUGCAGUCCAAUAGAGCAUGCAGUUACUUCCCUUUACAUGCACACUGCUUGGCUGCACAUCUGUUGUUGUGGUCAUGCCGUUUGCAAAUUUAGUCAAUGAAAACUCAAAAUUUAUGAUAAAACAUCACUAGACAUGAUGAUUUACAAAUUCAAUGGUAUUUGUGUACUGUAUGCCACAAUGUUUCUUAUGCAGAGAUUAAGAUUAAAUGUGAAUUUGUCUCAUAUGAUAAGCCGGAAAUAGCAAUCAGCUGUUCACACAUUUUCUCCCCUACCUAUGGGUGAUUUAUAAAAUACUUAAUGUCAUGGCCAAUAUCAUAACUGAAAAGAAAUGUCAAUACAGUGAUAGGAAGAGUUUGUAUCUCUAACGAGUAAUGUUCGUUUCAAGGCGAGUUCAUGGUGAGUUGAUGUGAUUUUCCAAUCAGUUGAUACUCGAUUUCUCUGAAAUUAAUGUUUUCAAAAUUGAAUGAAAUCUUAUAUAAAAGUAAUAUAAUGGAUUACAAACGAAAGUCCAGAUACACAGUGAACUCUUUUAAAGCCAGAUAAUGUAAUAACAGGACUAACUAGCAUACAAGUAUGAACUUGUUUACAUGCUUUUUUUCAGGUGUUGUGUGCUCAUGGUAGCAUCCUCACAUUGUGAAAUAAAAUCAGAGCUCAUUGCAUGCAUCUAUUAUGCUCACACUGGUAGUCCCAAUGAUAGUCAAAUACAGUAUUCCAAUAAUUACUCAUUAAGGAAUACAUUUAUGUAGGAAGGCCCUUUCCCAAGUUGAUUGUACACAACUGUCUAUUUGGUUACAUACUAGUUUCAACACCCUCCUCCCCAAAUAAAACCACAAACACGCCGCCUGCCCGAACUAUAUUUCAAAAGCCAUUGUCUGAGAACCAAUUCUUUUAUUUUUGAAAGCCUUAUGAAGGUUGAUGAUGAAAUUUAGGUCUUCAGUGUGUGUCAGAAAUAAGUCAUCUUGUUUAGUUAUUCCUUGGAGCUGUUCUAUAUAAGUUGCAUAAUCUGGUCUUUUCCUCACAUCACAUUGUUCCAAACUAUAGCAGGUGUAUGAUAUGGAUGUCAAAAUGAUGUGUGAGUUACUUAAUCUGUAUGCUUCUGGACUAGAUGAAUUAUUCCUGGUGGAUUUAUAAUUGUAAUUGUGACUGAGCAGCUCAUCCAUCCAAGACUCCAUGUAUUCCAAGACUUGUUAUUCCCAGUGCUAAUUCUGGUUUUGAACCAGUGAAAAGACAUGAUCACUUUAUAAAACUGUAAUUUUACACUGGAUCAAUCUUCUCAAUUUUGGGCAGUUGAAUGUGAUGUCAAAUUCUGUGAGAAAUGAGCAUCAAGUACAUGUUGACCUCCAAGAGGAAAGGAAUGCUGCAACAGUGUGUCCUGGUUCUGUGUUAUGCAGUAGCAUCAGUAUUCUCGCCAUGCUGACACUGUUGAUAAACUUGCAUAUGUUGACACCACAAGGUGGAUAGAUGUGGUUCUUGACUGAGAUCUGAAGUAGAUCUGAAAAUGUGAGAUGGAGGAUAAACGUGAACAAUCCCAGCUUUGUGACCUGGACUGUCGGGGUUUGUCAAUGGCAGUUUGGGUUAGGAUUCAUAUUGCAAUACAAUAAUCACAUGGUAUAUCAGAUGUGGGUAUUUUCGGGUACAGUGCUACAUAUAACUGGUUUCAGAUUAUUUUGAUUCAUUUUGUAACAAAGGAACAUACACGCACAAAACAUCAACUCCAAGCUGUGACCAGGGGUCUGUUCCACAGAGCAAUGUUCAUGCUGCAACUGUUGUAAGUCAGCCAUAGCCCUCAGAUCACUUUGUGUAACGAGGCCUUGGUUAUUAGUGUUUGUUUGUAAUUUGACAGUGUUCUUCAACCAUUGACUACUGGUUUGUCUGAUCCAGACAUUAAUGCUGUAAUUAUGGUGAAACUGUUCAUAGCUUAAACCAAUACUAAUUCCUUCACUCUCAUUUUGACAUUAAGGGGGCACAAGUUGCCCAGUUUCUAGGUUUGUCAGCACCAUACCCGUGCUUGUGGGUUUGACCAAAGUGGUAAACAUCUGAGACUUGCAUCGCUUCGUAGUUUCCUCCCACAUCAAGCUGCCAUGCCGUGAUAUAACUGGAAUACUGUUAAAAGCGGUGUUAAACCAAAGUUGCUCACCCAUUGUAACAUUUGGCUCAGGUAUAUUAUUAUUUCAGUACAAACUGGGUAUACUUCAAUCAUUUUUGUUAAAAAUAUUCACAUUAAAUAACUUUCAAGCACAUUGUCAACCGAGGUAUGUGUCACACAGGUGUUUAGUUACAGGUUUUGAGCUUGGUAGGAGUUGAUUUAAAUAUAAGUGGCUGUCAGAUUUGAUGACAUGGUUGAUUGCAAGUCAUCAUGCCCCAAAGAGGACAUUGCUCAUAUCAACCUCUGGUUUGAAUAUUGCUACAUUUGUGUAAAACAACAAACAAAAUAUACUUCAUGGAAAAUGUCAGCCCAAGCUGGUUAGUCCUGCAGACCAGAUGUAACUGUCUUUCCAGCAAUAGAAUCUCUGGGGUGGUCUUCACAGUCACACAGCACAGAUAGUUGACCUGGAAGGUGGCAUUCAAGGAAAUUGAUGCAUUUGGUUGUGCAUUUUGUAAUUAGAUUUUUAUGUAAUAUUUAUACUUUUUUCUUAUAUUAUUUCACUUCAUGGGUGUUAUUACAUAUUUUCAGAUAGUGCAUAAGAGGGCAAUAAAUAACAUUUGAUAUCCUAUUACAAAUAAUUUGUCUGAAAUGUUUUGCUAAGAACUUGACAAUUUUCAUAAUCACAUAUAUUACAUGCAUGAGAGAACAACAAGGUUAAAUUUGAUCGGUACAUUAAUCCUGCUGUGAUUGAAACUCAGGUGUGAACAUAUCUUCUCUACCGAAACAUGCGAAAUGUAAAAUUACAUGUUUAAUAUUGUUUGCUGAGCCCAUAUUGUCAUCUCCUCUAUAACUGUGUAGUUAUUAUGACCUGAGGUAAUUGAAGAAUUGGGCAAACAUUCUUUGCUCAUGUGUGAAAAACAAGGUGACCUUUGCAUAACUAGAAAGAUACGAUUAACAAUGUACUCAAGUUGGGUGCCAGUUGAGUUGUUAUUAUGGUCCCUUGACAACUAGAACUGAUAACUAGAAGCAAUUCAGAAGAAGUUUCAGAUAACCUGUGUUGGCAUGGUUGGAAUAGUGCUUAUUCUGAGUAAGUUUACACUCUGGUUCUGGAAUUACAACUUGUUGCGAGUUGAUUGCAUUAUAAUAUCGCCUUCAGUGGAACAGAUAUUGGCAAAUGUUGAGACAUAUAUGUGUUAUGUCAUGGCAAGUAAUUUGAAUUGUUUGAUAGGCAUUACUUAGAAGUUGACGGAUGACAAAUAGUAGAAGUAGACACAAUUUAUGGAUAAUAACUUCUUUAAUACUGUAGAGGCGAUGUUUCGGUAUAGCUCCUUAUACCAUUGUCAAGCAAGGCUGAAUGAGGGACAUUGUAUAGAAUAUAUAUAGUAGGUGGAGGACAAUGUUUUUCAUUCACUCUUGCCUGAAAAUGGUGUAAGGAUCUUUUCCGAAAUGUCGCCUUUACAGUAUUAAAGAAGUUGUUUUCCAUAAAUUGUGUCUACUUUGUCAAGUAAUUUGAAACAAACAAAGAGAUGUUUCAUUUGCCUGUCACAAACAAUAAUGUACCUCUCCAUAAUCAUGGGAUAUUUAUGCAAAUUAGCCAGCCUUCCUCAUUUGUUGAAACAGUUUAGAAGUCGCCAGUGUUGAGUAAAUAUAGUUUUGUAACAUUUGUACACACAAAGAUGUAUGUGAAUCAAGUUUGAUUGUUUAUAUCUUGUAACAUCUAUGUUUAUAUCUUCAACUUGUGCAAGCUGUUCAUAAAAUUAAUCAAUCAUUUUAAGUUUGAAAUCAGUUCAAUGGUAAAAACUGUAGAAAGUCUUUGCUAAUCUGCUGUGAUGCUUUGUAACCCAGUGGCCAUGUGUUUCCUAUCACUGUAGUCUGAUCAAUCCCUCAAUGCAUACCCAUCUAUGAUGGAACAGAUCCAUCCUCUAAAUGGAUGCCAUUCUGGGUAGACAUCAAUACCUGAGACUUACAAACGCCAUAUGCAGUUCUGAUUAGCAGAUCUGUGCUAUUACGACUCAAGAGACCAGACGUCAUUUUAUCUCACCUUGACCAAAAGGUUCUUUUUAGUCUUUUAGGACAUUUAGAUGUUUAUGUAUCCCUUGAAUCUAGUGAUACCCUAUUUCCAACAUGUCUUCUGACAGCACAGGGCUGAAAUACUGUGUGCGCUCCCUGCAUUGGGUCAUCCGAGUUGAUCUUGGGUUUGAAUCAGUUUGACCCUUUACCCAACCAUUUAAUAAUGCACGUCAUUUUAGUAGUAUAUUCCGUGCAUAUGUGUGUGCAUGCACACACACACACACACACACACACACACACACACACGCGCACGCACAAGAUUUUGUUUAUUUCUAUGAAGAGGUCAGGAACAUAAACACCUAAUUCUAUUUUGCAUUAUAUGAGAAACUAAUCGAUCAAUUGCUAUAUCGAAUUAAAAAAAUACUACUUACCAAGCAAUUGAUAAAUUUCCGUAUUAUUGGAACCAUGUUUGUUUCUUAUGCCUUGUGGCUCACUGUUUUCUGAGUGUUGGCAGUGAUGAUAGGUUGCUAGGUGAAGAUAUUGCACUGGUUUGUCAGAUCGGAAUGUGGUACACUGUUUUCAUUCCUCUGCCUUCAUGAAAUAUGUGUUAUCAUUGCCUGUGAUUAGUGAAAUGGCAAGUAUUUAACAGUCUUGAAGUGCUGAUUGAACAAAGUUAUGAAAUUAUAUUUAAUAUGUCAAUAACAGUGUAAAUUGUUUUUUACAAGAGUAUUUGUUAUCACGUUAUGACUGUUUUUUGUUUUGACUGACAACAAAUGCUUCAAUAUGUGAACAGAUGUUUUAAACACCUGAUGGAGUAGGGAAUCUAAUCACUGUUUUAGAAGAUGUCACAGCAAGGCCAGUAGAUAUUUGAUUGGUUUGAAAGCAGUUAUGCGCGGGUGGAAUAAGUGCCUAUUUCCGGAUAAGAAUCAUUUAUAGUAUUUGACCUUGGCACACAAAUAGGAUAGGUAAUGAAGACAACUGUUGAAUUAAUCAUGCUACCUGCCAAGACUACCUUGACAAAUUCAUAGCAGUGCUUGUGACAAAUAGCUGGAUGCAGGGUGCAAAGUGAGUCACUAACUCCACAUGGACAUGGAAGGUGUCUUUUUGUGUGUGCUGCAGUCAUUUUCAUUGGAGAGUGUUACCACUGUUGUGCUACCUUUGUCAAGAUACAUUAAUUUUAAGGAAGAUACCAAAGUGUACUUUAUGUAGAAGUAGCUAAUGGACCAAUCUCAAGAUGUGACAUGGCGGAUGAGGAAAUAUUUGGUAUCCACUGUCAAACAGGAAAGAUAUGUCUGAUAAAAGUUUCUUUGUUUUCUACAGUCAGGAAGUUAGCAUGUUUUUCAUUUUUAUGGAAUAUAUAUAUGCCUGUUAAUAAUUACCUCUUCUGAAAGAAGAAUUUAGUUCCGAUUCAUUUUUUCGCUAAAAGUUAUUUCCAGAGAUAAAUCUUUUGUAUACUAUCUCAUUUUGUUGAAUAGUAAUUCAGAAUUACUCUUGGGUCUGUAUCCCUAACUGAUGUACAUAAGCCUAUGGGCAUGCAGUUUAUCUCACCCUGAAGAGGUGGAUAAAGGUUGGGUUCUGUGGUGUUUUGGACAUUGUGCGGGAGGAGAAUGAGCCUGCCACCUGUAUUCAACAUUCACAUGAACUGUAUCUGUGAUAAUAAUGACAAUUUACCUUGAUCAAUGUAUGUGUCAUGUUACCUUAUAGCCUAAAAUUUACUGGAAUCCUAUAUCAGAUUUCAUUGGAUGUAAAUAUUCUUUUUGAUGAUGUUUUGUAACAUGCAAUAUUGUAGAGUAUUUUUCUACAAAUUAUGUAUCAUUAUUGAAUCAUGCAAAUUAUUGCAUCCUGUUUAUAUAUUUUUCCAUCAUACUGACCUUAUGGUAUUUGUUUUCAUCACAUUUUGUUAAUUUGUAAAUAACAAGAAAACCUGUUGGUAAUAAACAGCUACAACUAUG